AUGGAGCACGCGCUCUGCUCUCCCGCCGGCGCGCCCGGCCGGUCCCUCACCACUACGGCGCCUCCGAAGGACCAGGCGCUGCUCCUCCCCCCCCUGCUGGGAUCGUCGCGUCCCGAGCGCCUCGAGGGCUUCGUCGCGCGGCCUGCCGAGAGGACGCCGCGGACGAGGGGCAGCCCCGGCGCCGGAGGGGGCCGCGGCCAUCAGCGCCGCUCGACGCCGCGGAGGUCGCCGUCGCCGCCGCUCCCUCUACCUCCCCCUACCCCGCUCGGAUCGUCGCGCCCCGAGCUGGCCGCUGUGAUCCGCGUCCGCCGCGAGAGCGACCACGACGCGCCGCGUCGAGGGAGUGCAAGGAGGAGCGGCAGCCCCGGAGCGGGAGGGGACCGGCGCCAGCGCCGCUCGACGAGGCGGAGGUCACCGUCGCCGCCGCUCCCGCUACCUCCACCUGCCCCUGCCCUUCCCCUGCUCGGAUCAUCGCGCCCCCAGCUAGACGCUGUGGUCCGCCGCGAGAACGACCACGACGCGCCGCGUCGAGGGAGCGCAAGGAAGAGCGGCAGCAGCCCCGGAGCGGGAGGGGACCGGCGUCGUCAGCGCCGCUCGACGACGCGGAGGUCACCAUCGCCGCCGCUCCCUCUACCUCCCCCUUCCCCUCCCCCGCUCGGAUCAUCGCGCCCCGAGCUGGCUGCCGUGGUCCGCCACGAGAGCGACGACGACGCGCGGCGUGGAGGGAGUAGGAAAAGGAGAAACGACAGCCCCAGAAAAGGAGCGGGAGGAGGCCGCCGCCGGGAGAGGCGCUCCCCGCCACCGAGGUCGCCGUCGCCCGUGCCGCGCAAACGGUCUCGCCGCGGGAGCUCCCGGAACGAGUGCGGGCGAAAUGAAGGCAGGAGCAACCGUUCCUGCAGUCGUUCUUGCUCUCCAGAUAGGCCUUAUUCAGGAUAUGGUGCUGCCACUAUUGGUCAAGAUAAAACUGGAAGGUUAGGAUUAAUGACAUACAAACAAUUUAUCCAAGUUCUUGAGGAUGAUGUUUCACCAGCUCAAGCUGGAUGCAGGUACCAAGAAUACAGGACAGAAUACAUAAAUACUCAGAAACGUGCUUAUUUUGAUCUCAAUAAGAAUGAAGAUUGGUUGAAAGACAUGUACCACCCAACAAAAUUGUUAUCAGUUAUCCGAAGGAGGAAUGAUUUUUGCAAGACUGUAGCGAGGAAUUUGAUCCUUGACCUGCGGAAUGGAACUUUGGACCUUGGUCCUGGAGUGACUGCUGAUGCAGCAAUUAAAUCAGGAGAAGGCAACGAUGGAAGCUCUGAGAAUAAUGCAGCUUAUGGUGACAAGAAAAGAGAACAUGGAAGAGGUCCCAAGAAAGAGAUCGAACUGCUUUCAGCUGCUCCUAAAGCUCAUCCAAUCAGUUCACAGCAUCGAAGGAUUCACACCGACAUACGCCGAACUCUUGCUUUGGUGAAAAAACUUGAUUCAGAGAAGGAUAUUAUGGAAAACAUCCUGUUAACUGGUGAUCAUGGCAAAUCAAAUGUUGAUAAAUCAUAUGUUAGGUCCAUAGCGCCUGUCGUUAUUGUCCAGGGCUUAAAUACUGUUAAGGGCCUUGAAGGUGUUGAGCUCCUAGACACUCUCCUUACUUAUCUGUGGCGUGUCCAUGGUGUUGAUUACUAUGGCAUGUCUGAGAUGAAACAUGCAAAAGGUUUUUGCCAUGUGAGAGCUGAAAACAAGAGUGACAGUAUGGCUGAAAACAUCAGUGCUGCUGAUUGGGAGAAGAAACUGGAUUCCUUUUGGGAAGAAAGACUGAUGAAUGGUCAGGAUCCUCUAGUUGUAUUGACUGCCAUGGACAAAAUUGAAGCAGCACUUGUUGAAGUUCUAGAGCGUUAUGUCAGAAAAAUGCGGGAUGAGAAGUGCGUCUGUAAGUAUGGUUGUGGAGCCAAGGGAUGCGAAAAACUUUUUCAUGCUCCUGAGUAUGUUCACAAGCAUCUGAACCUCAAGCAUCCUGAUUUGGUCUCUACUUUGGCAUCAAGAGUUGAAAAUGAUAUAUAUUUCCAAAAUUACAUGAAUGAUCCAGAUGCUCCAGGAGGAAAACCGCUUAUGCAGCAAACGGAUAGAAUGAGACGAAGGCUGGAUGAACAGAUGUUUGAUGCUUCUGGUGUAUGGGGUUCACAUGCUCCACUUCUCCCCAUGUGUGCACCUUCACUAGUACUAAUACCUGUGCCUGGUGCUGGCCCAUAUGGUCCAUUUGUUCCUGCACCUCCAGAGAUGGCCAUGCAGAUGAUUCAGAAAGGACUUCCAGGACCAGAUUCUGCUCAAAACAGGAAGCCUUCGGUGCUGGGACCAAUGCUGCCCAUGUACCCAUCAUUUCCGCUUGGCAGUCACAUCUACAGGAGUUACCAAGACCUUGACGCUCCUAUGGAAGAAGUCUCCGCUCUUGACUUUAGAAGUUUGUAG